GGGGUUUGGGUAUUUAAAAUUUUCUCGACUCGGUGCGGUUAGCUGCUCUGCGAUACUUUGACCGUCAGAAGGUACAACAUGACCAUGAAAUUGGCUUACUGGGAUAUUCGAGGGCUUGCUCAGCCUAUCCGUUUGCUUUUGGAGUAUACUGGGACUAAAUAUGAGGAAAAGUUCUAUACUUGUGGAGAAGCUCCAAACUAUGACAAAAGCUGUUGGUUUGAUGAGAAGAAGAAACUGGAAAUGGACUUCCCAAACCUGCCCCACCUGGUGGACGGAGACCGGAAGAUAGUCCAGAGCAACGCCAUCAUGAGAUACAUCGCGCGUAAGCACAACCUCUGUGGGGAGACUGAAGAUGAGAAGAUUCGCGUGGACAUUCUUGAAAAUCAGGCAAUGGACUUCCGUAACGGCUUCGUGAUGAUGUGCUACACAGACUUUGAAAAGAUGAAGCCAGGCUACACAGAGAGACUUCCUGAAACACUGAAGCAGUUCUCUGAUUUCCUUGGAACCAGGAAGUGGUUUGCUGGUGACAAGAUCACCUUUGUGGACUUCAUCAUGUAUGAGCUUCUGGACCAACAUCUAAUGUUUGACUCCAAGUGCUUGGAUGACUUCAAGAACCUGAAGGAAUUUGUGGACCACUUCGAGGCCCUGGAGAAGAUUGCUGCCUACAUGAAGUCCAGCCGCUUCAUAAGUACUCCUGUUAAUAACAAGAUGGCCAAGUGGGGCAACAAGAAAGAAUAAAAGCGAUUUGUUGACUAGACUACAACAACACCAGCACUUCUGUUCUUUGAUGGCCUGUGGUUGAGUGUAGAAUUGGAAGCUGGUUCUGCUCUCACUGGUGUUCAUAGGACUAAAGGUAUAGCAGAUGGACCAGUUGGACUUUAGCAGGUAUUGAGAAUCCAGACAGAACCUUUUUAUUUUGUAUUUUUUUUUAGCUAGUAAACUAGCUGAAGCAGAUGGGUCAAACAUUAGGUAAAUGAAUGACAACGCUUGAUAUUUUUUGAUGGAAGAUUGGUUUUGUAUCCUAUUGAAACACAAUGCAGUGAUUUAUAUUUGGGUAUUUCAUUAAAGUGUUCAAUUAAGUU